AUGUCUGCACCACGAGGACAAGGGCGCGGACGAGGUCGUGGCCGAGGUCGAGGCCGAGGAGACUACUACACUCCCAGCGAUCGCCAAAAUCAGAACCAGAGCCAGCCUCAACAGCAAGCCGAGCCAGAUCGUGCAGCAGCAACUCUUAACACUGUCGAUCUUCUCAAAGGCUUCCUAGCACGGCGCUACGAUGCUUCUACCAAACUGCUCAAUUUCUCAACUAUCGCGACUGACGAAGAAGUUGCAAAAAGCGGCAUGUUCCGACAAGAAUCAACGCAAAAGAAAUUCUUCCCAGCACUCAUGGUAAUCUGUGAUGAGAUGCUUGAAACGCGGGAGGCCAAGGAAGCCGCCAUCGAAAGCGUCACACUCUGCGGCAACAACAUCACCAAUCUUAACGUAGUGUUCGAUCUCUGUAAAACUCUGAAUCACAUCAAAAAUCUCGACUUAAGCGGCAACGCCUUCCACUCGGUUAACGCCCUGAAACCCUGGAAAGGCCGUUUCAAGAAGCUCGAGCACCUGAUUAUCGAUCCCUUCAGCAGCAUAGGAUGGGAAGAUGAGCUCACAGCUUGGUUCCCCAAACUUCGAAUCCUGAAUGGCAGCCAGGUCCGUGCCGAUAACACUGCACCGGGCGACGCAAGUAUGAUUACGGAUGCACCCAUGGCCCCAACACCACAACCAAUGGCCGGCGCGCCAUCACCAACACCAACGUUACCAGCACCGGCACUCGACCAACAAAAGGAGGAGAUGGUCGCGUAUGUUCAGCAAGCAACGAACCUCAAGCGCGACUACGCAAUUCAGUGUCUGGAGGCUGGAGGAUGGGAUCUGAAUCGUGCUGGAGAGCUGUUCACGCAAAGCCAACCCACCUUGCCACCCGAUGCAUACAACUAG